AUGGCCCUGAUCCUACCCUAUAUUGGUAUCUUCGCUUUGCUGGUCACCCAAUCUGAUGCUAGGAAUCCUCCACCCAACGGCAGGUACUUCAAGGAACUGCCUGACUCUGCAACUGUGGCAGCAACGUUCAUAGAUCAGCCGUCCUUGCCAUACCGUGUCACCCUGAAAGUCACGUGCACACAGAUGCCACUCGGAGUUACGUCAAUGCCCAUAGACCUUGACUCUAAUAACAAGGUAUACACCGUAUCCAAAUCCGGUAACAACGAGUAUAUCUAUGAAGUAUUCUUGGCAAUAGUAGCACUGGAGUGUCCGAACUUGCUGAUUGAUGAAGACCUCGAGCGUUUUUUCUACCAUGAUAAAAAGGAUACGGUUGAAGCCAAAGUGAAGGGCAAAUUUGUGACUCUGGUGAAGUCCCCAGCGUGA